AUGAAAGCUGUCCGUUAUCAUGCCGCAAAAGGUUUACGUGUAGAAGAAACAUCUAUUCAUUCUGCCAACAAAAAUCAAGUUAAAAUAGAAGUAAAAUACGCUGGUAUCUGUGGAACAGAUUUACAUGAAUAUUUACAUGGUCCAAUGAUAAUUCCCAUGAAAGAACCUUAUCCAUUAAAUGGACAUUACGAUGUAACAACGAUGGGACAUGAAUUUUCGGUUGUGAUUGUUGAAGUAGGAGAUAAUGUUCACAGUGAAUAUAAUCGAUCAGAGCCGAUUGGUUUUAUUGGUCUGACCGGAAAUGGUGGAUUUGCAAAAUAUGUCGUUGUGGAAGAUUACAUGGUACAUAAAAUAUCGGAUACUGUCAGUUUUGAACAAGGUGCACUAGUGGAACGUGCUGCUCUAGCUGUGCAGGCCGUUAAAACUAAUGGUUUACAACUAGGUAUGUAUCAGGAUCCAACUGUUCAAUCUUUUUCACUAUGA